AUGAUCUCAGAUGAGGACAUAUUACUCCACUUAGAUGAAAUUAUUGCAAAUGAAGAUGAAUUUAUAGAUGACAUAAAUUUUGAUAUCGAGAAUAAUGAUAUUGAGGUGACUGAGCUGGAGGUUACAGAUCCGCCGUCUCCUGAUCAUUCUCCAAUAGUCCAAAGAAACUUUAGGCCAAAAGAACAUUAUUUUGAUUCAUCCAAGUGUGGAGUUCAAAAACAUGAGUUUGGUUUGAAUAGCAACUCAAGUAAACUAGAAUUUUUUAAAGCAUUUGUUUCUGAAUUUUUACUUGGCAAAGUAGCAUUUGAGACUAAUAGGUAUGCUAAACAAUAUAUACAAUCUAAUGAAAUCUCACAUCAGUCUAGAGUGAAUGCUUGGAAGGAUACAAAUGUGGAUGAGAUGUAUACAUUUUUAGCAACUACUAUACUGAUGUCAAGAAACAAAAAACUCGAUAUGAAAGACUACUGGUCUACUGACCCAUUACUGAGCUCGCCUAUUUUCAGACAAAUAAUUUCUAGAAAUAGAUACUUAUUAUUACAUCAAAUGCUUCAUUUCUGCAACAAUGAAAAUCAAGAAAAAGGAAACCGUCUUUUCAAAUUAGAUGUUGUAUUAGAUGAAAUUCGCACAAAUUUUAAGGCUGGAAUGGUGCCUUUUCAAAAUAUAGUGAUUGAUGAAAGCUUAGUCCUCUGGAAGGGUAGACUAAGCUUUAAGCAAUUUAUAAAAACAAAGAGGCAUCGCUUCGGAAUAAAAUUUUUUGUCCUCUGUGAUGUUGAAACUGACUUCAUCCUUGAUUUUAUUAUAUAUACUGGAACUGAAACAAGAUUACUUCCAUAUGAUGCAAAUAUUGGCAUAUCAGGAGCUGUUGUAAAAACUCUUAUUGCACCAUACUUGAACAAAGGGUAUAACUUGUAUACUGAUAAUUGGUAUACUUCCCCAAUAUUAGCUCAGUAUUUAUACAAAAAAAAAACCACAAUAACAGGAACAGUAAGAAAAAACAGACGAGGAAUGCCCGAAUUAAAAAAUAAAUUAGCUGUUGGAGAUGUACAAAGUGCUCAUUCAAAAAAUAUUAUGGUUUUGAAAUGGGUUGACAGAAGAGAAGUAUUCAUGUUAUCUACCAAGUUUGAUAGUAAUCUGGAUAAUUCUGGCAACAUUUUAAAUGCAUUCUCUGCUUUCAAAACAGUCACUGGACAGAAUAUGCCACUUGCAAAUUUCCAACUUGAAGUAAUUCGACAACUAUUAGAAAAAUAUGGUGGAAAUACAGUAAGCCCCAGAGGAAGACCAUGUACAAAAGAUCAACCAUUUCGACUAUCAGCUCGGCAUUUUCCAUCAGAUGUGAAAAAAUUAGCUUCAGGAAAAGUACAAAGGAGAAAAUGCAUAGUUUGUACCAGAAACAACAAAAGAAAGGAUACAAUGUACAUGUGUCAAGAAUGUGAUGUCGGUCUGUGUGCUACACCAUGUUUUGCCAUUUACCACACUAAACAAAAUUAUUUGGCCAAACCACUGUACGCUUAA